AUGGAUCACAGAAACAAGACCAGAGUCACUGAGUUCAUCCUUCUAGGGUUUCAGAAUGAGAAAGAAGUAGAAAUUUUUCUUUUUUCUGCAUUCCUGCUCAUGUACAUGACAUCUCUGAUUGGCAACACCAUGAUCACCCUUUUGGUGUGUGGUGACUACUGUCUGCAUUCACCCAUGUAUUUCUUUGUAGCCAAUCUCUCUUUCCUUGAGAUUUCCAUCACCUCCACUGUAGUGCCUAAGAUGCUGGCCAACAUGUUUUCCCUCAGAAAAGCAAUAUCUUUUGUGGGAUGUCUUACUCAGUCUUUCUUCUACUUUCUCCUGGGAUCCACAGAAUUCUUCAUCCUGGCUGUCAUGUCAUUUGAUCGAUAUGUUGCCAUCUGCAACCCACUGAGAUAUGCCAUCAUCAUGAACAAACAGACAUGCAUAUUGUUGCUUCUGAGAUCUUAUGUGGGUGCAUUUUUGCCAAUUUUGGCAUCAUCAAUUUUAACUGCACCUCUGCCCUUUUGUGGGCCAAAUGUAAUCAAUCACUUCUUCUGUGACAGUGCCCCUGUGCUAAAGCUAGUCUGCGCAGAUAUCUCUCUGGCUGAGCUGGCUGACUUUAUCUCCUCUGCUGUGUUGCUCUUGGGCUCAUUGCUUCUGACUGUACUGUCUUACAUAUUCAUUAUCAUUACUAUCAUUAGUAUUCCCUCUGUCCAGGGAUGGCAGAAAGCUUUCUCCACCUGUGUUUCACACAUCACUGUAGUUACACUUUACUAUGGAAGCUCCAUCUUCAUCUAUGUCCAUCAAAAAAAGGUCAGUGUGAUGGAUGUUAACAAAUUUGACACAGUGCUGAACACAAUUGUAACACCCAUGCUGAAUCCUUUCAUCUACAGCCUCCGAAAUGAGAAAGUCAAGGAAUCCCUGAGAGAUGCCAUCAAUAAAUAUGUAGGAAUGCUAACAAAUUUAAGAUCUUUACGAUCUCAAAAAUGA